ACGGUGGUCCAGGAUCUUGGCGUUUUUGCUUCGUAUCAAGAGGUACCGAACUCAGGUUUUGUAUUAAAUCCUAAUUCCACUUGUUCCUGAAGGAUGAUCCGAAACAUGAAUGUCUCAAGAUUGAAACUUCUGACUUCAUCCUUAGAAUCACUUAAUCAUCAGUUUCUACAACGAUGUUCUGUAAGUGGAACAGCAAAAGGUAAAGGAAAGCUCAAGACGGCUGCACCACUGAAACGAUCCAUCAUCCCAAAGAAAAAAGGCGCAUCUUCUGGUGGUGGAGGUGGAGGUGGAGGUGGAGGUCGAAUGCGUGAAGCCACUGAACACCUUAACAAGAUGGUUGAUUCAUGCAUGGAUGCUCCAACGCCUAUCCGUUAUCUGACGCCGAAACAGAGAGAACGAGAAGCUGAGCGUGAAAAAAUGGGUCUCAUAAGCAAAGAUCGACAACGAGAAAUUGAUGCUUUGAAGGCUAAGAAAAAGGAAAAAAGUGAGGAGGAAUCUCCGAUGGUUAUUGGGACUCCAGGGUUGGAUCUGAUUUCAUUAGGUCUAGUUGAUGCGAAGGAAAUCCCAAAAUAUGAACUGACUGUUGAAGAUGGUCGGCGUCUUGCAAAGGAGUAUAGUCGGGUUUUGAUGAGGCGGCACCGAGCCCGACAGGCGGCAGAAUCAACACUGCUAAGAUUGAAGAAAGAGGCAAUUGAAGCUCUUCCAGAAAAUCUCAGAGAAGCUGCACUAGUUCCUGAUCUGACACCGUUUCCUGCGAAUCGGUUUAUGGCGACAUUAACACCUCCUAUCGAAGGGUAUAUUGAGAAGAUCAAGGAAGCAGCUAAGAAGAACAUUGGGAAGGAGAAACUUAGAUGAU